AUGAGUUCCGCAGUGCUCCCUGUCGCCCUGCAGAACAAGCUGGUGGGCUACGGCCGGGCCUCCCGUGCCCAUCUCUCGGCCGUGAAUCUGGAUCUCGACGAUCGCCCGCUGACCAGCACCUUUCGUAUCGAUAACAGGAUCCGCAAUAUCGUAUUCAUCCUCUUCCUGUUCCGGUACAUGCGCAAGACCUUCUACUCGCUCCGCGGAUACGGCGUGUUCGGCAGCAUCCGCAACGUCUACAUCGCCGCCCGUCUAUUCUGUUACUCCCUCUUCCUGCGCGCCCCGGGUGUGCGCGGCCAGGUCGAUAAGCAAGUCUCGACCGCGAUCGAAAAACUCGAGACUAAGCUCGUGCAAAGCGGGCCUGACGUGAAUCGUUAUCUCACCCUGCCUGCGGAGGGCUGGUCCGCCGAUAAGGUUCGCGAAGAGCUAAAUAAGCUCGCUGGCUUGGAGCACACCCGUUGGGAGGAUGGUCGCGUCAGUGGUGCGGUUUAUCACGGCGGAGAUGAUUUGUUGAAAUUGCAGGCCGAGGCCUUUGGGCAGUUUGGCGUUGCAAACCCGAUUCAUCCGGAUGUUUUCCCUGGUGUGCGGAAGAUGGAGGCUGAGGUUGUUGCUAUGGUUUUGAAUAUGUUCAAUGCUCCCACGGAUGGUGCUGGUGUUACUACCAGCGGUGGUACCGAGUCCAUUAUUAUGGCUUGUCUGGGUGCCCGGCAAAAGGCAUUCUUGGAGCGAGGAGUGACGGAGCCUGAGAUGAUCAUCCCUGAUACCGCUCACGCGGCCUUCAUCAAGGCUUGCAACUACUUCAAGAUCAAGUUGCACCGUGUACCUUGCCCCGAGCCCGAGUUUAAGGUCGAUGUCAAUGCCGUUCGCCGCCUGAUUAACCCCAACACCAUCCUACUCGUGGGUUCGGCACCUAACUUCCCUCACGGUAUUGUCGAUGACAUUCCCGCCUUGUCACGCCUUGCUACCAAGUAUAAGAUUCCUCUCCACGUGGAUUGCUGCUUGGGUUCCUUUGUUAUUGCCCACUUGAAGAAGGCUGGCUUCCCCUCGCCAUACGAAGAGGAGGGUGGCUUUGAUUUCCGCCAGCCCGGUGUUACCAGCAUCAGUGUGGACACUCACAAGUACGGAUUCGCUCCCAAGGGUAACUCAGUCCUGUUGUACCGCAACAAGGCUUACCGUAGCAACCAAUACUUCAUUUACCCCGACUGGUCUGGCGGUGUCUAUGCCUCUCCCUCCAUUGCCGGCUCGCGCCCCGGUGCCCUCAUCGCUGGCUGCUGGGCUAGCUUGAUGAACGUGGGUGAGGCUGGCUACAUCAACAGCUGUACCGAGAUCAUCAACGCUGCUCGCAAAUUCGACUCUGCCGUCCGCGGACACCCCUUGAUCUCUCUCCACAUGGAAGUCGUGGGUAACCCGAUGGUCAGCGUUGUCGCGUUCCGCAGCAAGAACGGUGCUAUUGAUACCUACGAUAUCGCCGAUGACCUGUCUGCCAAGGGCUGGCAUCUCAAUGCCCUCCAGUCACCACCCGCUCUGCACUGCGCCUUUACUAUUCCCACCUCCAAGGCCGUCGACCAGCUCAUCAAUGACGUGGUCGAAUGCAUUGAGAAAGAGCUCGAGAAGGCCGAGGAGCGCCGCCGUCAAGGAAAGGCCUACAUCCUGGAGCGCGGUGAAACUUCCGCUCUGUAUGGUGUUGCUGGCAGCAUCCCCGAUAAGAGCAUCGUCAGCCGUCUGGCCGAGGGCUUCCUUGAUACCCUGUACAAAGCCUAA